UUUAACAGCUGUUGGGAGUUUUUAUUUCCUCUCAUCCGUGUGGAUUUAUUUUCUCCCAGAUUUUUAGUCCCAAAAAAAUGCAAAUCAUCUGAUACCUAAUCAACAAUCAAUGUUGCUAUGGAUAUGAUUCUUAGCCCUCAAAUAUCUUCUCUAGCCCUUGACUACCAGUUAUUGUCUACUCUUCAUUAAGUUUCAUUUAAGUGAUCACUUUAAUAUUUUUCCCUCUUUCUUCCUUAAAAAAUGAGUAACGAUGGCUCAAUUCACAGUGAAGAGGAGAAGAGAAUCGUGCGUGCGUCAAGAUCUCCGACAAGAAGCCGCUCACCGUCUGUCAAAUCCAACCACUCCAGAUCCAGGAGUGCGACUCACUCACCACGGUACUCAAGAUCCAGAUCCCGAUCUCGACAUCAUGUUUCUCGUCGAUCCCGCCACAGCUACUCGGAUUCCAGAAGUCGCUCUCGGUCAGGUUCACGCGGAUAUCGUUCCAGAUCGCGCAGCUCAAGGAGGAGGAGAAGGAGUUCAGACAGGUACAGCAGCAGGCGCAGACAUGUCGGCAAUCGUGACCAUCCCCAACCAAAUCGAUGCAUCGGAGUUUUUGGAAUGAACGUUUUCACCACGGAAAAUCAAAUCUACCAUAUUUUCUCCAAAUUUGGGCCUGUAGAACGCGUGCAAGUAAUCAUCGAUGCAAAAACUGGACGUUCACGAGGUUUUGGUUUCGUCUACUAUGAAAACUACGAAGAUGCUAAAGCAGCGAAAGAAGAAUGUUCCGGAAUGGAAAUUGAUGGGCAGCGCAUCAGGGUAGACUUUUCAAUCACAGAACGUGCCCAUACGCCCACACCGGGGGUCUACAUGGGAAAACCUACCUACCGUGAUCGCAGAGGUGGUGGUGGUGGUUGGGGAGGCCGAAGAAAAUAUGACGAUUGGAAUGGUGGUGGCCGCUACAGGAAUAAUUACAGACGCCGCUCUCCUUCACCGUACUACGACCGCCGUCGUUCGAGAUACUCGCGGUCUCGAUCAUACUCCCCACGUCGCAAAGAAAAGGGUAUCGGAUGAAGAGUGAAAAUGGAAGUGUGAAAAAUUUGAAGAUGAAAGAAAGUGGCAGGAAGUUGAGAAGUCUGGUCCAAUAUUUGUGUCAAGCAUUGCAGUGAAUGGCUCACUCAAGCAAGAAAUUUUGAAGACAGCCUGAGAUAAGAAAAAUGUGAAGAAAGAAGUUUUUCCCCUCUCAGAAGAAAGAGAUGUUAAUAUUUUUGCCUUCAAGUAAUUCCCACACGCUAAGAUCUCCAUAACGAAGGUGAACUUUAGCCGUUCAUGAACUUCAAUCAAAAAGCUUGUACAUAUUAACGUUCUUAUUGUAGUGGCUUUCAUUUUCCUUUCACCCUUCUAUUUUAAUCAUCACUCUCUCUCUGAGUAACCCUAUCCUUUUAGGGAGAUCUAACUGUUGGGUGAACCUCACUCUAUAAAACUUGAUGAAAAAUCGAGGUAUUCGGUGGAAAAAGGGUUCGUAAAAUUUAUAUGUUCAUUUCUUUGAUCUCCUCGACCAGGACUGGUGGGUAGUGGUCUCGAACAUUCUGCCUCUCGGUGAAAUGAGCAGAGGUAAACUGUUUUGGGCUUCCCAUCCAACUAAUGCCUCAGUUGACGGAUCAAAUUGCUCCACCUUUUUUAUUAAGCCAGAGAAUUUGUAAGAGCAUGUUCUGAACAAUAGAGAAUGGGAAACCAAUGAGCAAGGUUUUUCUACUAUUAUAGAUGUAGAGGUCACAAUCUUUUCCUGACCAAGUCUGUUCGUUCCCGGAGAUCAAGACAUUAGGAAGAUGGUGUCAUUGAAGCCAUCAUGGUUCUAUGUUGAAAAGUUAAGUGCCACAUACAGCUGAUAAACACACAUUAUUUAUGCUUGAUACACUGACACUGAAUUUGCAUGAUUGAUAAAGUUUUGUUCUUGUAAAACUGCAUCACAUUGCAUGCCGUGCGUUUUGAUGGCCGAAGUGCGAAAUGACAUCUCUUAAUUCUGGUGUUUCAAAAUUUCUACUCCUAUUUAAUUUUUUCGAAGAGAAGGAAGCUGAAUCUUCAGUUCGAAAUUUUCACAGAUAUUCUGCUAACAGAGAAGAAAAAUUAAGAGAGUUUUCAAGAGAUAAUAUAGACUUGUUUUCAAAGAAAGAAUGUGGCAUGACAGGAAGUCUGACACAGCUAACAGAGAUAUGUAGUUGCGCAAUUCUGUCAUCGACAAGGUACACUCUACUACAGGUAUGGACAAAUGGAAUUUUAGAAAGCCAUCGAAACGCUUAGAUUUGACAGCGUUCAUUGGUACGACUGAGACGCCAUAUUGGAAACUUGUUUACUUUCUGUUCUGAGAGUGAAUUUCAUCACUUCCGUAUUAUGUUUUUGUAGUCUUGGCUAAGUUUUUCAUUAUUUUUUGAGUUUAAUCAAUUUUUUAAAUUGAUCUGAUAGCUUAUUGAAGCUACCAGAUCUGCCAAAAUCUCUUCGAGGGCCAUUUUAAACUGCGCAGCAAAGACGGUACGACUUGUGACGUCACUGGAUGGUAUAUAUUCUCAGCGCUGCCACUUUAGCACCCCUUUUGUCCAUACCUGUAGUAGAGUGUACCUUGAUCAUAGAUGUGUUCCUUUUGCAACAGAUAGUUUGAGGAAAAAUGAGCAAAAUUUCUUAAAUGAUUGAAACAACCCAAAUACAGGACAAAUGAAAUUUUUAGCUCACAAUUUCCGUGGUAUUGCCCUCUGGUCUCCUGCAGUCGACAUUAAUGUCAGAAUGUCGAUGUCGAGACCAUGAGGCUGGACAUCCUCAGUCUUUGUAACAGGAAGGAAUUCAGAAACUUGCGAGAAAAACUAGAAUCAUCCGCAACUUUCAUCACAAAUAUUUGUCUCGUCAAUUGUAAACAAAACAAAUUCCAUGGCUCUCAGACAUGCGCAAAUAUAUUUCUUCCUCCGCAA